UGGGGCUAAAUGCGAUCGAUUGCUGCUAAAUUUAUGACGCUUCAAAAAUUGAAUGCGAAAGGUUUGAAUACCCCCCCCCCCCCCCCCCCCCCCUAUCGAUAUUUUGAUUCCAGGGUUCAGAUACAUUUCAUUUAUUCAUGUAAUACAUGAUGUAUUAAACUUCAACGACGUGUUCAUUUCCACGUUCCUGUUCUAUAAAUAAACCUGACCCGACUAUAUAAAUAAAGCGUGCAUCUGAUCAAUAUGUUGAAAGUCUGAAGAGUUACGAUGCUGACUGAUGGACACAGAGAAGACCUCAAGGUCAAAGGGUUCACGGUGGUUAACGGCGUGCUGACCGAUCCCGAAUGUGACCGUUAUAUUGCCGAGUACAAAAAGUGGUUAAAACAGUUCAAAGAUGGUGAGUGGCCUAGAAGUAAAAUGUCUCUCAUCAACCAAUACAAUACCGGAAAUUUCGAAACAACUUGGAAAAUUCGAAUGAAAGCGAAACGAAUUUUUGCUCAGCUAUGGAAGACAGACAAACUAUUGAGCAGUGUGGACGCCAUUGCUAUAGGGCGUCCGCCAGAGGAUGGGGAGGAGGAAUUUGAGUCGUCAGGACAACACUGGUUGCACACGGACCAAUCAGCAAGAAGAAAAGGACUCCACGCUUACCAAGGAGGCGUGUAUCUAGAAACAACAGACGAAGAUGAUUGGACCUUUCAUUUGAUGGAAGGGUCUCAUAAAUACCUUGAUGAGUUUUACAAAUUUAACAAAAAGCAAGCAUUCAAAAGUGCAAUUAAUGAAUACUAUCACUUACGAGAUGAAGAUUAUGAGUGGUUCACAGCCAAGGGUUGCAAAACAAUUCGACUUCCGGUUCCUAAAGGUGGAAUGGUUUUAUGGGACUCAAGACUAAUUCACGCCAACGCCAAACCUUUGCGAAACCGACAGAAUCCCGGUAGAUGGCGCUUUACGGUCUUCAUUUGUAUGACACCCGCAAUAUGGGCAACAAAAGAAGACUAUGAGAAAAGGAGAAUGGCGUAUGAGUGUGCAUGUAUGACAUCACACUGGCCUACCAAAGGAGUUCGUUUUUAUGUCUCAAAAUCACCGCCAUCGUUUUCAGAUCAUCCGAUUGAAUAUCCUACAAAACUGCCUCAAAAUUCCAAAACAGAGGACGCAAAACUUCUCUGGGGAUACAAGCGAUACAACUUCGAUGACGGACAACCAAACGGACCGGAUUACACCCCGCAGACCGAGAAGAUGUACGAUUUUGACAUCAGUGAAGAUGUUCCUCUUACCCAAGAACUUAAAUAUUCAAUACCAUCCUUAGGCUUAAAGCACGUCAUUUACGCGACUGGAAUAUCCAUCGUUUUAUUGCUGGUCCUGAAAUAUGUCGAACAAAGAAUUCUUUAAGUAAUUUUAGGAUUUUAUACAUCUCCUUUAUGCAGUGUUAAAUUCAGAACGACUCAUCAUUACAGUAAAACACGCUUGUCGUGGAGUGCUGGGGAACAAACAAUUUUGAAUCCUUAUAAAAGUAAUUCUUUAUAUCCAAUGAGUUCAUCAUAUAUUCAUUAUAUCUUUUAAAACCAAAGGGAUUGAAACUCACUUCGCUGUAAGCGUGAAUUCAUUAUAAACGUUUUCGCUGUGGUCAUGUUGUUCUGUAUCUUCCUUUAGAAUGAUGUGCUUUAAUCCUAAGAAUGAUACCGAGGAUGCAAGUUCUAAAGACAUGAGCUGUUACUGUAUUGAUAUAAUGUAAUGAUUGAUUUGUGUUGCUUCAGAUUUGUUGAAACCACCAAUAUUUCUUUAGUAAGAAAAUCAAAAGUAGAUGCGAAGUGCAGAAACGCCAUGUUUAACAUAAUGUAGCUCAAUAGCAAGUACUGAGGCCCUUUGGGUUUUUUUUUUUAUAGUUCCGCUUUGAUGGGAAAAUUUCAAUAUACAUCUUGUCAUUAUAAAAUCGUCUAAAUUUAACACCUUGUUGUAUAAGGUGACAUUUUUUUCUCUCCAUAUAUCGGCCUAGCAGCAUAACAUACCGACACAAGGCGGAUAUACGAUCCUAUAAGUAUGUUGUAGUGUUACAUAAGUAUGUCUAUUUGUCAGAUUAUUACGUCUACUCAUUGGGCAUGUUUAUGUUUAAAAAAAACAAAACAACCCCACAAACAAACACCCCAUUGAAAAAAACAAAAGUACCCACCCACCCCCGAAACAAAAACUAGUCUAAAUUUUCAUUUAACAAAAUUCUUGCAAGUGGACUUGUCGACUAUCUGACAAAUGUUGCAGAUGUAUGCCACCUUAGAAUUGUACAUACAGAAUAUUAAAAGGUUUGAUAUGUUCAGUUUUAUUUGAUGGAAGCCUGUAACCAUUUGAUAAAUCUUCCGGGGUUUUUCUUCUUUUUCUUUAACAUUAUCUAAAGUCAUUCACGUGUAUCUUGAUUUCUUGCUAUGAUGAAAUACAUAAUGGUACUAAAAUCUAGCUUCUCUGUUGUAUCCUAUAAUACAGGACUGUGUAAUAAUAAAUAUCUAAGUUUCUAAUAUUUUUGCCUUGGAUAUCGUCACCAAUUUUAAUGCCAUUUCCUCAUCUUGAUAUUGGCCACAUUAUGUAAUUCUUUUCGUUUGUCCUGAAGAAGGGACGGGUCGUCCCGAAAAUUUGAUUUUGGAUCAGCUCUUUGGACGAAUAAGACAUGUCCUAAUUCGCUCCACUUUUAACAUUGAUUGGCAAGCCUAAAGACCAAAAACAUAUAGUCUGCGUUGUAAAUACGUUUGUAAAUUAGUGUAGUUGUAGUGCUAGAUGUAUUUAUAUGUAGUUUUAGUUAUUAUGCUCUGUUGAUAUUGGCCACAUUAUGUAAUUGUUUUCGUUUGUCCUGAGGAAGGGACGGGUCGUCCCGAAAAUUUGACAAUCUCGUUGUUCGUGUCAUUGGUCAUUUUAGUGCUUUGUAUAAUUUUUUGUAUUUGACCUUGUAUCCAUGUUGUGGAUCCGACACUCUGAGGUAUCGGGUAUUGUUGGAACUUUAGUGCUUAUAUAUAUAUACAUCCAAAUUGUGUUUUAAAAAAAUCACAGUGUCCGGUGUAAUCGUAUCCGCCUGAGAAUUAUAAAAUGAAAGCGCAUGCGUUAAAAUUUUAACUUUGUGUACUGUUUACUCUAUUUCUUUUAAGAGAGAGAGAGAGAGAGAGAGAGAGAGAGAGAGAGAGAGAGAGAGAGAGAGAGUUCACAAUUGUAUUUUGCAUUCUCAUUGAAAACAUAUCUGUAUUUUCGAGUACAAUUUAGAGACUACAUGUACAUCAUCUUCGCUAGCCAAGGGUGACGAUACACGGUGAAAGAGGAACGCCGUGUAUCGUCACGAUUGGCUAGCGAAGAUGAUGUACACUAUUAAUUUAAUUUGUUGGUAUUUCUAAUGUUUUAUCCAUGUUUGAACACAUCUGAUGAAAAGCUCAUCAAAUUAUUAGAAUUUUUGAUCAUGAAUGGACAAAGUUUACGGGCCUCCACGAGGCGGUCGGUAUGGAUUUAUACGCAAGUUUUAAGUAGCUGUGCUUUUCAACUGCGCUAUUUUAACACAUCGUUUGUGAAGUAGAAGUGUUUCUUAGGAAAGAAUUUGUUCAUGUAUUAAGAAAAACUUAUAAUUAAGAACAAAAAUAAAGAGAAAAAACGUUUCCUGCUAACUAUGGUAAUGCAAAAUCUGAACUGCGGAACAAAAGGCAAAAGAAAAAUUGUAUGUACCAUAAUUUUACGUACCUUUUAUAUUCUCAUGAGGAUUCAUUUUCAAUGUUUUGAAAUAAGGAAUGUACAAUGCAUUAUUAUUAUUGUCUAAAACAUGUUUACUUCGAAUUUUCAGAUGAAACAAAUGGUUUGAGGCCGUUCUUUUGA